UUAAAGCGGAGCUCCACCCAAAAGGGGAAGUUCCAUUUUAAGGACUGCUCCCCAUUAAGGAUUGGUACCUUUGGGGAGCGGGUACCUGAAUUUGACAGGUACCCACUCCCACUCCUGGUGAUUGGAAACGGAAGGUGUCCUCCCUCCCUGUAGUCUUUUGGGACACGUGACAGGUCCCAGAAGACUACAGGACCAUUCAUGAAGCGCAGCUCUACUUGCUCAUGCGCAGUGGCUACCUGGCUGUGAAGCUGCAAGCUAUCACAGCCGGGUGCCCACACUGAAGAUGCCGGCCUCCUGGAAUCCAGGACAGCUGGUGAAACGGGCUGCGGGGGACACACCGC